GACGCGAUCACGCGCGCACGCGCCGCGUCUCAGCUGACGGAAGUGCAGGGCGCUCGUGUUGUUGUGUUCGGGCUCGUGCCAUGAACAGGGUUGCCGUGAGAUGAGCGGUGCGAUCGUGUCAUGACCUCCGCGGGCAUCAUGGCAGCGCUCUCGGGCCAGAGCGACGACCCCGCCGAACCGGACCAGUCCCUGCAGCACAUGCUGAAGGCCAUCGCGGACGAGCGCAACCGCCUGAGCGUCAAACAGGACCUCAGCGGACUGGGGUGCUUCAAGGAUGACCGUAUAGUGUUCUGGACAUGGAUGUUCUCCACAUACUUCAUGGAGAAAUGGGCGCCCCGUCAGGACGACAUGCUCUUUUAUGUGCGUCGCAAGCUCUCGUAUGUCAGUACAGACGAAACCGAAGGGAAAAAGGUGGAGGUGGAGGUUUACAGGAGAGACUCUAAAAAGCUGCCUGGACUCGGUGAUCCCGACAUCGAUUGGGAGGAGAGCGUCUAUCUCAAUCUCAUCCUGCAGAAACUGGAUUACGUGGUCACAUGUGCAGUUUGCACACGCUCAGAUGCAGGAGACAUCCACAUCCACAAAAAGAAAUCACAGCAAGUGUUUGCCUCUCCAAGCAAACACCCAAUGGACAGCAAAGGGGAAGAAUCCAAAAUGAGCUACCCCAACAUCUUCUUCAUGAUCGACAACUUUGAGGAGGUGUUCAACGAUAUGACUGUUGGGGAAGGUGAGAUGGUGUGUGUGGAGCUGGUGGCCAGUGACAAAAGCAACACAUUCCAGGGCGUCAUCUUCCAGGGCUCCAUCCGCUACGAGGCCCUCAAGAAGGUCUAUGACAACCGGGUAAGUGUGGCCGCUAAGAUGGCCCAGCGGAUGUCAUUCGGCUUCUACAAGUACAACAACAUGGAGUUUGUGCGUAUGAAGGGUCCUCAGGGGAAAGGUCACGCUGAGAUGGCCGUGAGUCGAGUGCCCACUGGAGACACCUCACCCUGUGGAACUGAAGAGGACCAAGACUCUCCCAUCCACGAGAGGGUGACCUCAUUCAGCACCCCCCCGACCCCAGAGAGAAACAGACCCUCCUUCUUCUCACCGUCACUCCGCCGGAAAGUGCCCCGCAACCGCAACGCUGAGAUGAAGAAAUCACACUCGGCGAACGACAGUGAGGAGUUUUUCAGAGAGGAGGAUGAUGAAGACCUGUGCAACACUACAAACCUGCGCUCCCGCUCUCUGUCAGGGACGGGCCGCUCGCUGGUGGGCUCUUGGCUCAAGCUGAACAGAAAAGAGGAGUAUUUCCUGCUGUAUUCUCAUCUCACCUAUGUGACUCUUCCUUUGCAUCGUAUCACCACAGAUAUUCUGGAGGUGAGACAAAAGCCCAUUUUGAUGACAUAGCAUUUCCAGACUCCUCAAAAAACAGUUCCCAAGUGCCUCCUCACAUCAGGCCCCUGAGGAACCGCCGUCAGAUAACCAAAAACUAGCAACAGUUCACAACAGUGACGGAGAAGAGGAAAAGGGAACAAACUCCAUCAAGAAGUGCCUGCUCUUCAGCGAGACGCCCUCCAGAACGGAUGCGAAAGGGAAGUGUGUGUGUUGGGAAACACAAUAGACGAAUGUCGUUCUUGUAAAUACACUGCUGCUUAGAUACUCAGUGAAACGCACCCUCCCUCGAGAGACACUCGUAGGUUUCACCAUGUUGCUGAUUUUGUGCGUAGUAUAUUUUCCAAAGGACGUUUCCUCGCAGCUCUAGGCCUUAAUACAUCACUAACCAGCUGAUAUAUAUAACACACGCCAUCCUUUUGAUAGCCCAUCGCUAACGUCCAGCAGACCUUUACUCUCACGAUUGUCGUUUCUUGACGUGUUCGAGGGGAUUUGUGAUAUCCAAACACUAGUGAACGUGACGCAUCUCCUGAGAGGACAGCACCUGAGCACAGUUCUUGGAAACAUCUCCGUCCACAAAGACACUUUGUUCUUAAACGUGACACUGCUUUUUUUUUUUUUUUUCUUCUCCGCCGUGAUUUCUUCGCGAUUAGUGACGGUCAAACUCUUUUGCACUAAAGGGCUUUUGGAGUUGAACAUGUUUAGCCAACCCAAAGUGUCAGUAUUACUUUGUUUUGUACGUGUGUGUGUGUGUGUGUGUGUCAGCUGAAUGUAAUAACUGAUCCGACAGCUUUAAUAUCCAUUUGAUAUUUGAUAGGGAGAUUUGCCAGCUAUCUAUUUUAAGACCCCAGUCCCCUGUUUUAUUUCUCUUUUUGCUGUAUGUGCGAAGCUUCAUUGGAAGGCUGUUUUUAAGGAAGUACCAGUUUGUUAAACGCUUUACAUGCGCUUUUUGUAUCAAGUGGUAAUUCAGCAGUAAAUGUGCAUGUUGUCAUAUUUAUGUUGGUAAACUCUAUAUAUAUAUAUAUACACCUUUUCUGUACAUCUUUAUGAAAAUACACAUAAAAAAACUCUUUUUGAUUUA